UGCAAAAGCUAAACUUUGUUAUUAAUUAAUUAAUAAUUCAUGCUUAAUAUAAUAAUACUUGUGCAAAACCUGAGCUGGUUUCCAUUACCAAAUUGUUGUAAUGAGACAGUUUUUUUUUUUUUUUUCUGAUUGUGGUGGGGAAUCACUUCUACCACAAAAGGCAAAGGAUAGAAGUAUUAUAAGAGAUGAAUUUCGUGCCAUUCUCUUCUCUUUCCUACCUUCUAUCGAUCAUUAUUCAUCCUCGAUCUCCCGACAACAAAAAACACUCAAAAUAUACAUCAUGGAAAUUGUUACUUCAUGUGUUAGUUCAAUUUCUGAAAUUAUUUUCAGCCGCUUGUUCAAAGCAGCAGGCCGUCAGAUUGGCUACCUGCUUAACUACAAUGACAACAUCGAAGCAUUACGAAAUCAAGCUCAGCAACUCAAGGGUACCAGAGACAGCAUGCAAUUGAGAAUUCAUGCUGCUGAAAGAAACAGAGAAAUUAUCUUACCUGAUGUCCAAACCUGGAUAUCUAAAGUUGAUGAUGUCUCUGCAGAAGCAGAAAAGUUUUUUGAAGAUGAAGGCAACGUGAACAAGAUGUGCUUCAAAGGGUGGUGCAUUAAUGUCCGAUCACGUUACCGGUUCAGCAACGUGGCAAAGCAGAAGAUAACGGUGAUCACUCAGCUCCAAGAAGGUGGAACAUUUCAAGCUAUAUCUCAGCCUGCUCUUCCCCCUUCAAGCAUUAUCGUUCCAACUGUUGGAUUUUCUGGAAUUUUUGAAUCCAGAGAAUCAAUCAAGAAUGAAAUUAUGGAGGCCUUGAAAGAUGACAAGGUCAGCAUAAUUGGAAUUUGUGGGAUGGGGGGUGUGGGUAAAACCACUCUGGUGAAACAAGUUGGCAAACAAGCCGAGGAAGAGAAGUUGUAUGAUUCAGUAGUUUUUGUAGUUGUGUCUCAAACCCCAAAUAUCAUGGAAAUUCAAAAAGCAAUUGCUUACAAGCUAGAUCUGAAAUCAUUGUCGGAUAUUCCUGAAUCAGCACGAGCAAGUUCCUUGUGGCAGAGAAUUAAGCAGGAGAAACGAAUUCUCAUGAUAUUGGAUGAUGUUUGGGGAGAAAUUGAAUUGGCCGAGAUUGGUAUUCCUUUUGGGAAGGAUCACGGAGGUUGUAAGAUUGUGCUUACCUCUCGAAGUGAAAAUGUGUGCGAUGAAAUGGAUUGUGACAAAACAUAUAUAGUCAAAACUUUAUCAGAACAGGAAUCGUGGGAGCUAUUCAAGGAGCACGUUGGAAUGGAUGUUGAAAAUUCUAUCAGAAGCUCAAUCGCAAAAGAUGUAGUUGCUGAAUGUAAUGGCUUGCCACUUGCAAUUGUGACAAUAGCAAAGACAUUAAAGAACAAAAAUGAGCAUGUGUGGAAAGAUGUAGCACGACAACUAAAAAUGUCUGCUUAUACAGAUAUCCCAGGGAUGCAAAGAAAUGUGAUUUCAUCUUUAGAGUUGAGCAUCAAAUAUCUAGAAAGCGAUGAUGCAAAAUCAUUGUUCUUCUUUUGUAGCGUGUUUUCAGAGGAUUUUGAAAUCCCAAUUGAAGUUUUAGUUACAUAUGGAGUGGCUUUGAGGUGGUUCAAAAAUGUUGAGACAAUGAAGGAUGUUAGGCACAGAGUUCACGCUAUUGUAAGUACGUUGACCUCUUCUUUUCUCUUGAUUUAUGGAAAACAUCGGUACAAUAUGGAAGAGUAUGUAAAAUUGCAUGAUGUUGUACGUGAUGUUGCACAUAUAAUAGCACCUAAGUACAAUCAAAUAUUCUUGGUCAAAGCUGGCACUGGUCUAAAAAAGUGGCCAAACAGAGAUACAUAUGAAGAUCUCACAUGUAUCUCAUUAAUGUCAAAUGAUAUUAAAGAAGUGUCAGAUAUGAUGGAAUGCCCAAAGUUACAAUCUUUACUGUUGCAGGGAAAUUCUAAAAUGGUUUUCCCUAACAAUUUUUUUCAAGGCAUGAAAGAUCUUAGAGUUUUAGACUUGAGUAAAACACAAUUAUUGCCACUGCCAGAGUCACUUUCUUUGCUGGCAAAUCUUAGAACAUUGUAUCUUAAUGGUUGCGAGUUAGGCGACCUAUCUAUUAUCGGGCAACUAAGUAAACUAGAAAUUUUUAGCCUUAAUGAUUCUAAUGUUAGGGAGAUCCCAAUAUCUUUCAAUCAAUUAAUUCAUUUGAGGUUAUUAGAUUUGAACGGUUGUGAAGAGCUUGCACGAAUAGCACAUGGUGUCAUAUCUUCUCUGUGUAAAUUGGAGGAGUUGUAUGUUUUAAGAAGUUUUGAGCAUUGGGAUUCUGAAGGAGAUGAGGGGGGUUUGAGAAACAAUGCAAAGCUUGCUGAGUUACAAUCUUUGUCUAGAUUGACUAGCUUGAAAAUUAUUAUCCCAAACUUGAAUUUCUUAAUUGAUAAUGAUGUGCCGUUCAAAAACUUAUCAAACUUUGCAAUAAUAAUAGGUGGUGUAGGACGUUUUGAAAAGGUCAACUUCAUGAUUGGUUCAAAAGAAUAUUCAAGAAAAUUGUUGAUGUCAAAUGAUGAUAAGGUUAUGAUUUCAGGAUUGAUUAAUUGCCUAAAGAAUUUGGUAAUUGAACAAACGGAAUAUUUAGAAGUAGGCUGGUGUAAAUCAAUGGUAUAUGUAUUUGAUUGUGAAGUGCUUAAGGUGACAUAUGGAAAAACAAAGUUGCUUUCGUCAUUAAAGGAACUACAUUUGAAAUAUCUGCCAAACAUGACACAUAUAUGGAAAGGUGAAACUCAAUACAUAAACCUUUGCAACUUGAAGAGAAUAAAAUUAUGGAUGUGCCCAAAGUUAGUUAAGAUAUUUUCACAAGAUUUGUUGCAGAGUCUCAUUUGUUUGGAAGAAAUGGAGAUAUGUAGUUGUGACAAUUUAGAGGAGAUUUUCAUAAUGAGAGAAGAAGAGGAAAUAAUACCACCAAGGAAAGAUCUCACCACAACCUCCCCAAGUUUGGGAAACUUAACUUCUAUAUAUAUUUUUAGUUGCAAUAAAUUAAAAAGCCUCUUCACCCCCUCCAUAGUCAAAAGCCUUGUGAAGCUCUGGAAACUUAAAAUAUAUGAUUGCUCAGCAUUGGAAGAAAUAGUCACAAAUGAGGAAGUAUCAUCAUCAUUAGCAAAGAAGAUUGUCUUUCCUAGUUUGUCCGAAUUGAAGCUUGUACAGCUAAGUAACAUUGGUUGUUUUAGCUCAAGCUCAUAUUCUAUUGAAUUUCCUGUUUUGGAGGAACUUAUGAUAAUAAAAUGUCCAAAUAUGAAGAUUUUUGGUUAUGGAAAACAACUGACACCAAAGUUCAACAAAGUUAUGAUGAGUUCUACCAGAGCACGAUGGUUGGGUAACCUAAACUCCACAGUUGAGCAAUUAUUCAUAGAAGAACAAGAGAAAAUCGCAAGGGAACAACUAAAUGAAGAAGAAGAAGAAGAAGAAGAAGAAAAAGAAGAAGAAGAAGAAAAAGUGAACACCUAACUGAGACAAUGACAAGAUUGAUGGAAAGCUAGUAGCGAGACAUGUUUCAUAAGCUCGUUUAAUCAAGGCGAAGGAAGAUCUUCCUGUUAAAAUCAACGGCCUUAGGCUUCCCGUCGAUACCAUCUGCCGCAACCCUAAAGGCUUUGAGUUCGACAAAGAAGUGUGCUCAUGGCAGUGAAAAUGCAGGGGAGUACAGGGCAUGGAAUUGUAGCAGAAAAGGAAAAGCAGACAAGCUGAAGAGGUUUUAGGUGGGCAAUUUCAGUGUGGCAAGGUUGCAUGCUGAUGGAAACUUUGCAGAUGAGACACUUGUCAUAUGCUCGUUUAAUUAAGAGUAUAAAGAAAACAUUCAUUUGGUCGAAAUUUGUAAUGCAAAAUUUAGGGGAAAACAAGCCUGAAAACAGAAGAGGAUUUAUCCACAGUCUCUAUUUCUACUACUGGGUCAAGAAUCUGUCUGCUGGAGAGAAUAUUUAGGUAAGAUGCAUAUAUAUCAAGGCUGCCUGUUUCUAUCAUAUGGGCCCUGGUAUCAACAAUUGGAUGACAUGAUUCAGAAAGCGCUGGAGAAAUUCCCUAAGCCUGAUGAGGUAAUGAAAUUCUUUAGUGCCCAUGAAGCACCAGUCAGCUAUGUGGAGAAUGCUAGUGAUCCAUAAGACCAGAUGGAGGAGUGCAGAACUUGAAAAGCUGGGGAUUUGGCAAAAAUCAUACUUUGACAUGCUAGGUUGGGCGCUUACACCAAUGGUUGAAGCUCGACAAUGUUGAAGUUCUCAUUGAGCUCGACUAGAAAGGUGUUAAGAGUCUUCUUGUAUUUCCAGUCAGGCCAAGGAAGAUCUUCCUGUUAAAAUCGACGGCCUUCGGCUUCCCGUCGAUACCAUCUGCCGCAACCCUAACGACUUUGAGUUCGACAAAGAAGCGUGCUCAUGGCAGUGGGCUUGAGAUAUGUUCUAAGUAUGGUAGCAUACAUGUGUUCAAAUUUUGAAACAGCUCCCAUUAGAUGUUUCUCUUUUGUUUGAAUAACAAUAGAGAAGAAGAAGGAGCAGAAAAAGCAGUGAAAAUCACCUGAAGAUACAUCAACUGAGACUUCCUUCUGCAAUGCAUACUGGUGUGAAUCAGGUGGGCAAUUUCAGUGUGGCAAGGUUCAAGCUGAUGGAAACUUAGGAGAUGAGACAUUUGUCAUAUGCUCGUUUAAUUAAGGGGAAAACAAGCUUGAAAACAGGCAUGUUAACAAAUUGCCAUCAAUGUAUUCUCAUUAUUACAUGUAAGCUCAAAUGAGUUAAUGAUCAAAUAUGGAGGAAAUAAUCAUGAACAAGAAAGGAGAAAAGGCGGAUGUUUGCAUCAACAGAGAAGAUGGUGUUCCUAGCUUAAAUAAGAUGAAACUCACUUUGUUUCAGAAAAGGAUUUAUCCACAGUUCUCUAUUUCUACAACUGGGUCAAGAAUCUGUCUGCUGGAGAGAAUAUGUAGGAUGCAUAUAUGUCAAGGCAGCCUGUUUCUAUCAUAUGGGCCCCAGUAUCAACAAUUGGAUGACGUGAUUCAGAAAGCGUUGGAGAAAUUACCUAAGCCUGAUGAGUGCCCAUGGAGUACCAGUCAGUUAUGUUGAGAUUGCUAGUGAUCCAUAAAAAGACCAGACAGAGGAGUGUAGGACUUGAAAAGUUGUGGAUUUCGGCAACAAUCAUUCUCUAACAUGCCAGGUUUGACAGUAAAACCCAGUUUCAUAAGUUUUAAAUUCAUCUUUCUUGUCUGCCCGUAAUUACCAGUACUGUCACAACUGUUGUUUAUUGACUUUCUUGAUCUCUAAUAAUUUUUUCCACCAUUAGGUUGGGCACUAUAAUGUUUUGUUGGUUAAUUCCUUGGAAUAUUCAUUUCUUUUCCCUUCUUUUGUUUUGUUUGUCGAGUAAGGCCUGUACAAUGAUUGAAGCCCGACAAUGAUGAAGUUCUCAUUGAGCUCUGCCAGAAAGGUGUUAAAAGUCUUCUUGUAGUUCUGCCAAAAUGGCUAUCCACAAGGUUAAAUUGAUUAUAGUAUUUACAAUUGCAGCUUUAUGAGUAAGCACGUAGUCUUGAAAAGAUUGACAUGGAGCACAGAGAAUUGCCUCUUAAAUGCACUUCAAAACUGGGGAAGUGUACCAGUUUUAUAUACACUUAAGAUUUAUGGAUGUCCGAUAAUGAAGACCUUUGAUUGUGGAUGUCCUCCUAUCUUAAUCAAUGUUGUGAUACAUCCAUUGAUUAAGAUAGGAGGACAAUGAAUGCAUAACCUUGACCUUGUAGUAUAAAGAUUUGUUCAGGAGAAUUAGGAAAGUUCAACUAAAUGGCCAAGGAAGAUCUUCCUGUUAAAAUCAACGGCGUUAGGCUUCCUCUUGAUACCUUAACACUUUGAGUUCGACAAAGAAGUGUGCUCAUGGCAAUGAAAAUGCAGGCGAAUACAGAGCAUGGAAUUGUAGCAGAAAAAGAAAAGCAGACAAGGUGAGCAAUUUCAGUGUGGCAAGGUAGCGCCGAUGGACGCUUGGCAAAGGAGACGCAUGUGAUAUGCUCAUAAUUUUGUAUGAAGAAAGCAUGCAUGUGGUUGAAAAUUUGUAAUGGAAAACUGUGGUGAAAACAAGUUUGGGAACAGUUAUGCAACAGAUUUCCAUGAAUGUUUUCCCAUUAUUUCAUUAUACGUAAGCUCAAAUGACUUAAUGCUUGAAUAUAGAAGAAAUAAUCAAGAAUGAGAAAGGAGAAAUGGCUGCUGCUUGCAUCAACAAUUGGGCCAGGCAUCUGUGUUCUGAAGAGAAUUUUUAGGGAAUAUGCAUAGAUAUCAAGGCUGUUUCUAUCAUACAGUCUUUGUAUCAACUGGAGGUUACAUCAAGUCUAUGGCUGACAUGGUUCAGAAAGAGUUGGAGAAUUCUCUAAGCCUGAGGAGGUGCAUUUAAUUUAUGGAUAUACUCUUCUUGUAGAUGAUUCUUUUGGAGCACAAAAUCAAUAAUGUAAUUCUUUACUGCCUAUGGAGUGUCAUAUAGUUAUGACGAGAAUGCUGGUGAUCCAUACAAAGACCAGAUGGAGAAGUGCAUAACUUGAAAGGCUGAGGAUUUGGCAACAAUCAUACUUUGACAUGCCAGGUUGGGCACUGUAAUGUUUGGUUGGUUAAUUCCUACACUGAUGAAGUUCUUGUUGAGCUUGGCCAAAAGGUUUCUAUGAGUCUUCUUGCAUUUCCAGUCAGCUUUGUGAGUGUACACAUAGAAACAUUUAAAAGAGAUUUGCAAAGGAGUACAGGGAGUUAGCUCUUGAAUCCAGCAUUCAAAAGUGGGGAAAUGUACCCACCUUCAACAAGCAGAAGAAAUAAUCAUGAAUGAGAAAGGAGAAAAGGCUGCUGCUUGCAUCAACAGAGAAGAUGGUGUUCCUAGCUUAAACGAUAUGAAACUUACUUUGUUUCAGCAGAGGAUUUUAUCCACGGUUCUCUAUCUCUACAACUGGGUCAAGCCUCUAUGUGUUCUGAAGAGAAUAUUUAGGGAAGAUGCAUACCUAUCAAGGAUGUCUGUUUCUAUCAUAUGGUCCUGUUGUCAACGAGAAGCAUACAUCAAGCCUAUGGCUGACUUUAUUCAGAAAGAGCUGGAGAAAUUCUCAAAGCCUUAGCUGGUCAAGAUAUUCUUUAGUUCCUAUGGAACCUUAAAGGCCAGGAAUUUGGCAACGAUCAUACUCUGACGUACCAGAGUCGGGUAGGGCCAGUACAAUGGUUGAAGUCUACACUGGUGAAGUUCUCAUUGAGCUUGGCCAACAAAAGUGUUUAGUCUUCUAACAUUUUCAUUCAGCUUUGUGAGAUUGACAUGGAGUACAGGGAGUUGGCUCUUGAAUCCGACAUUCAAAACUGGGGAUGUGUACCCGCCCUCAACUGCAUAUCUUUCUUCAUCACGAAUCUCCAAUGAAGACGUCCAUGACUUUGUGAGAUAUGCUAUCAAAAUGAGGAGGUGACAGAAGGAAACAGAAUCAGAGUGAUUCUGCCCCAACUAACAUUUUUUGAUAAAUUGGAGACUCAUGUUCCCAUUUAUGCAACAGAGUGAAACACAUGCAGUUGCAGAUGAAUUGGAAGCAGCUAGAAAUGGAAGUAAAUGACUGCAUCCCAUUCGCAUAUGCAAACUGAGAGCCAUACUCUUCAUAAGCAGAGUGAAGGUCAUGAUGAAAUUUAGCAGAGAUCGUAGGAAAGGAAGUUAACUGUAAGUGAUGCUGUGUCCCACCAAUUGGACUACUAUGUUGUCAGUUAAUGAUAAAUCAUCGCAGUUUUCACAAA